AUGUCUCUCGCUCAGGCUGGUAGCCUUCUUGCAAGUCCAUCUGAAGCUCGAGAGGCUGCCGCCAAGCCCACAACCAAGAUCCAGCCGACGCCCUUGGUUUCCCUCAUCUCGGGAGGUAUUGCUGGCGGCGUCGAGGCUACAGUCACCUAUCCGUUUGAGUUUGCAAAGACGAGAGCUCAGCUGCAGGCGUUUAAGUCCAGUUCCACGAACCCGUUUUCUGUCAUCAUUCAGACGGCUCGCCAGGAUGGCAUCCGCUCCAUCUACACGGGCUGCUCGACACUCGUCCUGGGCACCACUUUCAAAGCCGGCGUUCGCUUUCUAUCAUUUGACUACAUUAAAAACAUGCUUGUGGACGACCAUGGCCGCUUGUCCGCCAGCCGCGGCGUCCUGGCUGGCAUGGUGGCCGGUGCUGUGGAGAGCAUCGUCGCCGUCACACCAACGGAGCGUAUCAAGAUUGCGCUCAUCGAUGACGCCAAGAGCGGUCGCCGUCGCUUCAAGGGUGGCACCCAUGCUGUCUCCCUCAUGGUGCGUGAGAAGGGUGUCGGCGAGCUGUACCGCGGUCUCGCCUCGACGACGGUGAAGCAGUCUGCCACCUCUGCCGUUCGCAUGGGCACCUACAACAUGAUAAAAGAGCUUUGCAAAAAGCACAACGUUCCGCAAAAUACCGCCGCCACUUUUGUCUCGGGUGCCGUUGCGGGGGUUGUCACCGUCUAUGCCACGCAGCCGUUUGACUCGAUCAAGACCGUCGCCCAGGGUGUCGACGGCGCCUCGACUGGCGAGGCGUUUCGGCAUAUUCUCAACCAGCGUGGGAUUCGUGGCUUUUGGAGCGGUAGUACCAUGCGCCUAGGGCGGCUGAUACUGAGCGGUGGCAUUGUCUUUACGGUGUAUGAGCAGGUAGUCGGUAUCAUGACCGGCGUCCAUCUAUGA